UUCCACACCAACACAACUUUCUCUUGCUCCACUCAUGGCUUCCUCUUCCUUACUCUUCAUCAUCUCUUGUCUCUUCCUCAUCUUAACCCUCUUCUCUCUAGAAAUUCAUGCUAGAGAAAACCAUUUUUUCAACAAAUUUACCAACACCAACACUAAUAAACCUCAACCAACCACCCAAGAGAAGGAACAAGAUCCGGCUUUCUUCCCACAGACUGGAAAUAGUUAUGGUUUGUAUGGCCACGAGUCUGGUCAACUCCCUCCUGAAUCUACGACCACCAGCACUACUACCAAAAAUAAUAACAAAAAUGAUCAAUCCAACACCGUGGGUACAAGCCUAAGCCAACAAUUCCAAGAGUCUAACAAGUUUGAUUUCCCUACCACCACUACUACCAGUGACAACAAUAACAACUACUAUUACAACAAUGAUGCUUAUGAUCAGAAUUAUCAACAACAAAAUGUGGGUGAGUUUACUGAAAGAGGUUAUACCAGCAACAACAACUACAACAAUGAUGAACAACAACACUUUGUUGAAAACCAUAAGUUUUCGCAUAGAGGUAAUAACAAUUAUAAUCAACAGCAAAGUUUUAGUGGCAACACCAAAUUUUCAGACAAAGGCAACAACAAUUACAAUGAACCCCAAUGGAGUGACUCCAACAACAAAGGUUACAUGACUAAUAACAAUAACAACAACGACUACAACAGAAAUAGAAAUGGAGGAAGUGGCUACAACAAUGUAGAGAGGCAAGGGAUGAGCGACACUAGGUUCAUGGAGAAUGGAAAAUAUUUUUACGAUGUCAAGAACGAGAACAACAACAACAACUAUCCAAAUCAAUAUCAAGAAUGGAACAAUCAACAAUACAACCCUCACGCUCGUAGUUCUUACAACUCCAUGCAAGGUGUCGGUUAUCAGAACCAAAAUGAGGAGGAGUUUCAAGAAAUUGAUGAAGAAUUUGAUCCAUGAUCAGUAUAAUUUUUUACUAUUUACAAUUCUAUAUUAGUUAAGUUAUAUGAUUCUAUCAGUAAUUAAAGAAUACGAAAAAAAAAAAAUCAAUAGAUAAUCGUUGUUUGUAUGUUUAUUUGUCAUCUUUUUGUUGAAAUAACUUGAAAAGCCUCUUUAUUUUGAAA